AUGGAUGUCCAGAAGCAAUUCCUCCCCAAGGGCUCAUUUCAUUCAACAGUUGGACAACUAGGAACGUAUGAAUCGUACAAAUACGCCGACCCACUCCACAAAAAACGCGAAUCAACAACAUUCGAAGUGUUCCUGGAAGACCCGAAGUACAAAUGGGUGAAAGAAGCAAUGGAGGUCGAACACGAAGCAUACGAAAAGUUGAUGACAACAUACCUCCCAGAUUUCAACGUGGUUGGAACAUAUUACUCACACAAAACAACAGGAUUGACAGUAGUCUCAUUCAAGACUAACGACUCGAGAAAAGAAAUGUGUUUUGAUGUGUGCACACCAACCUACCAGUCGAACGAUCGCGGAUGUACACACGUACUGGAACACUCAGUGCUGGUCAGAACGAAAACAUACAACACCUUCAACUUCUUCUACCACAAUGUGGCAUCAGCAUACGUUUCAUUCCUCAACGCACUCUUCUUUAGAGAUAGGACAAGGUAUUACUUCUCAUCACUCAACGAAACGUCCUAUUACCACAUGGCAGACUACAUGAUGGACUCGUUCUUCAGACCAUCAUUCAUGCAAGACCACGAUGUCCUGAAGCAAGAAGGCUGGCACUACAAGGUCACGAAAGAAAACGAUAAGAACUCAAACACAAAGGAACUUGGAGUGAAUGUCCACGGACGCCAUGUGACGUAUUCAGGAGUAGUGUACAACGAAAUGAAAAAAAGGAAGUUCGCAGACCCAGUUUCGUUUGGAACCAGCGUCAUGUACCACCACCUAUUCACUAACCCAUUCAGAUAUGACAGCGGUGGAAAUCCAGAAGAUCUGGUUGAGUUGACGCAAAAGGAGCUGGAAGAAUUCUACAAGACGUUUUACGGACCAAAAACAGCCUCAGUCUACUUCCACGGACCAAACGAUGUUUACAGAAGACUUGAAUACGUAGACAAUUACCUCAGAAAACAUAACGUGGGAGUUUCACCGGAUCCAAAAACAGGUCAACUAUCACAUACCGCAUCACAGGAGGUUUUGGAUAGCUUUUCGUUGUCAGAAGAGUACAGAGAUAAGCCGAAACACGUCAAGGAACAAUUCAGCUCCAAAACCAAGGACGAAGAUAUGUUCAUGAUGGGAUGGGUCCUAAACCCAACACACAAGGCCUCCAAGAAGUAUGAUCUUGAUUCAGUUGACAAGCUAGCCUUACAAGUACUGUCCUACCUGCUUCUGGAGAGCCCAGAAAGUGUCCUGUUGACCAAGCUGGUUUCGUCCAAGUUUGCGACAAGAAGGGUGGGCCCGGGUCUUGACGAAUACUUCCCAGCAUACGAGUACCUUUCCUUCAUGUUCGGAGUCACAGGGGUCAAGUUCACUGAGAAAACCAGAGAAAGCAACGCGAAGACCUUUGAAAAAUUGGUUUUGGAAGCACUGACUGAGGUUGUAACCAAGGGAUUUAACAAGAAAGCAGUAGAGGCGGCCCUAAACAAGGUUGAAUUCAGACACACAGAAAAGAAAUAUGUAAUGAAAGAACAUAGACAAGGAUAUUACCCAAGAGGUCUGGCUAUGUUGAGUUUGGUUAAGCCAAGAUAUCAAGAAGGAAAGGACCCGUUUGAAUUUUUGAGGUUUGAACAGCUCUUCCCAGAACUUAAACUCAGGGUCUUCUCAGAUGAUUCCUGCUCAUACUUGUCAAACCUGGUUAAGAAACACUUGUUGAACAAUAACACCAGAGUAACAUUGCACUUACAAGCAGUGGAGUCAUCAAAAUAUGAAAAGGAAUUCAACAAGAGAGUUUCAGACCACUUAAGAGAAAGACUUUCAAAGUUAUCAAAGGAACAGGUGGAUGAAAUGGAGAAGGCUUACCACAAAUUUAAAUCUGAAAGAGAAGUUGAUUUUGACCCCAGCGUUUUUGACACAUUCCAUCAAGUUGAUUUCUCGGAGUUGAAAAAAGAAAAGGUUUCCCACCCAUCCAAGUUGUACAAACUGACCUCUGAUAGCUUAAGUGAGACAACAGUUGUUCAAAGUGACAAGAGUUCCUGUACAGUUCUUGUGCAUCCAGUGGAGUCCAGAUCAGUCCUGUACAUGAACUACGCUGUUUCACUCGACUCACUUACAGUGGAUGACCUGAAAUACCUAGCCCUUUUCACCGCACUUCUGAAGUUGACCAGAACCGACAAACUCUCGUCUGAGGAACUCAGCUACAAACUUGACAACUCUGUCGGUGAUCUUUGGUUCUCAACCUUCUUUUCAACUGAGACGAACAACUCGACCUAUGAUGAUCCGACAAAAUCUGUCGGUUACAUGGUUGUAAGAGCCAAGUGUCUGAAGCACACUGUUACUGAAAUGGUAGAUGUUGUGAACGAGGUCCUCUCUAGAGCCGAUUUCUCAGACUCUAAGAAGGGAGUGGAAGUGGUAAAAAGACUUCUGAGCUAUGUCUCGCACCAAUCACUCGACUUUACCCACAAGUUUACACUUCGCAGAAUGUGUGCCAAGUUCUCAGUUUCUGAUUAUGCUGACGAGUUGGUUAAUGGAUAUUCACAGCUGGUAUUUUUGAGGGAUACCUUGGUUCCAUUAGCUGAAAAGGAUUGGUCAAAGGUUGAAUCUAAACUCAAUGAGAUGAGAGUUAAAUUAUUGAGUAUGAAAAACCUAACAGUUAACCUUGGAGGAGAUUCUGAACUCCUAGACUCAGUCCUUGACGACUCAACAACAUUCUACUCCAAAUUAUCAUCAACAUUCAAAUAUGAUUCGAAGACAAGUGACAAGGUAUGGGUCAAGGAAGUCUUAGACAAAAAACUAAUGGACUCAGUUGACAAAAAUGAACUGUUGGUAUUGCCACUUAGGAACAACUUCGUGGGUGUUGGAGGAAAACUGUUUGACAAGUCUGAUAAGAGGUCAGGAUCACACCAAGUUGUAGUGCAGUUCCUACUCAGAGAUUACCUGUACAAACACCUCAGAGCCUCAAGAAGUGCAUAUGGAGUCCAUGCAUACUUACUUAGGACCGGCCAUGUGGCACUUGUCUCCUACGCUGACCCGAACUUCUUGGAAACCCUCGAAGUUUACAAGAAGGUACCAAGCGCAUUAGUGCAAGCACACGAAGUACUCACCGACAAGGCACUCAAGAUGUACGUAACAGGAACCUUGGCAUCAAUGGAUAAGGAGGAACACCCCGAUAACGUCGUGUUCCAACACUUCACAUCAAGGCUUAGGGGAGAAUCCGAAGAACAAUCACUGAAAAAUAGAAAGGAAGUUCUUGAAACAACAAAGGAAGUGUUCAAACAAGUAGCAGAUAAGUUCAGCAAGAGCAAAGACUGGCAUAACGUGUGCUCAGCAGUUAACAGAUCAUCAGCAGAUACUGCCCCCUCAACUUUCAAAAAACUAACCUAA